AGUCUGAAGAGUCUAAAGAGUCUAAAGAGUCUAAGGAGUCUGAAGAGUCUGAAGAGUCUAAAGAGUCUAAAGAGUCUAAAGAGUCUAAAGAGUCUGAAGAGUCUGAAGAGUCUGAAGAGUCUAAAGAGUCUGAAGAGUCUCAAGAGUCUAAAGAGUCUAAAGAGUCUAAAGAGUCUAAAGAGUCCAAAGAGUCUAAAGAGUCUAAAGAGUUUAAAGAGUCUAAAGAGUCUAAAGAGUCUAAAGAGUCUAAAAAGUCUAAAGAGAUUAAAGAGUCUAAAGAGUCUAAGGAAUCUAAAGAGAUUAAAGAGUCUAAAUAG